CCACUUUUCCCCUUUAGGAGCCUGAGGAGAGGGAGGAAACCCAAGAGCUCUAAAGUUAUUUUCCAUCUCCAUUCCGCUCUGUGAGGAGGAUGGAGUUGGAAAUCUAACGAGGGCAUCUGGAGCCUGUGCGGGUCCAGAGAAGCUCCCUUUUUUUAACUCCUUUUCUUCUGAACUUCUAAGAUCUCCUUCAGUUGGGCAGCCCUGCCGUUUUGACACCUUUCUUACCAUGAAGCUCUGGGUGGGUCUUUGCCUGGUGCUGCUCUGCGUAGAGCUCCAGCACGGUGCCUGCCAAGCGGUCAAGCGAAGAAAACACGUGGAGGACGGUCGAAACCGCUCGGACGGGAAGCGGGUGAGGGUUCGGCAGCCCAAUCCGAACGACAGGAAGGGAAAAGGCCAGUCCCUGCUGACGCAGGUGUUGGACAAAGGCCGCUUCCUGCGCCUGGGCCCGAGCACCGGUCUGAGCCCCGGCAAGAACCUGGAGCUGCGCUGCAAAGGAAACAGCAUCGGGUGGUCCUACCCGACCUACCUGGACACUUUCAACGACUCGCGGCUCAGCAUCAAGCAAAGCGACAAGUACAGUCAGCUGGUCCUGACGUCGCCGUCUGCCGCAGACACGGGGCCCUACAGCUGCUGGGUGAUAGUGUGUGAUGGAACAGAGUGCCAGAAGGACCACGACCGCACUUUCCUCUCAUACAUCUACUUCACAGACAGAGACAAUCUUUUCGUCCCGUCUGCCAUCCACUUCGAGAUCGUGUACUUGCGCCCGGACAAGCCCGCAGUCGUGCCCUGUCGCGUGACCGAGCCGCGGGCCAAAGUCACCCUGCACAGAGAGGUCCCCCCCGAGGAAAUAGCCGCAAACGGGACUCUCGUGACCUAUGACCCCACCAGGGGAUUCGUACUGCAACAGCCCAGCCCUGAACAUCAGGGCGUCUUCUACUGCAAGGCCGUGUUCAAAGGCACCCCGCAGAUCUCAACCAAGUACCAGCUCCUUUACGUGGAAGUCCCAAGUGGGCCACCCUUUGUGAGUCUUGAGGCCUCUCCAGAGUCUGUGAGAGGAGGUGAUGACGUCAAUGUAACAUGCUGUGUGCUGGGAGAACCAGAGGUGGACGUGAGCUUCACCUGGACUUAUCCUGGUCAGGAUCAACGUCCCGUUCACAUCCAGUCUUCCUGGAGGCUAGUUAACAGAGGCAUGGGCCACACCACACGGGUCUCAAAGAGCGUCCUAACUCUGGUAGACUUGGAGACCAUCGACUUUGGAAACUACGUAUGUACGGCCAAAAAUCAGCACGGCGAGACAAUAGUCACAACUCGUAUCACUGCCAGCUAGCCCCGAUGACAUGCUUCUACUUGAUGAUAGUUUUUGAUUUGCUGUUGAACAGUAGCAAGAACAGGCAAAAAAAAUCCAUUCAAGAACAUUUAUAUUUUGCAUAUCUGACCGCAGCUUGAAAACAAUAAAGAUUCUUUAAAUACUCUGUUGAAAUAUUCACUUUGUUAUAAAAAAAACAUGACGCAGUCACUAAAUUAUAAGUUGUUAGAGUUAAAGGAGCAAAUCUGGAGGGAUUUCCAAUGUAAAAAUGCUGAGUGAAAAAAAACACAGGUCUGAAGGAACACAGUCUGAACCCACAAAGCAUCUACAGCUCAGAGGAGGAAAAGUGUGUCCAUCUGCCACAGCUUCACAAUUAGACAAUCAAAUACUGAAACAGCUGGUUCAUGUGAGGGGGCUGGGUUAAAAACAGAUGCUACAAAAACUUUCAAUUUGAAACUCUCCUAAUGUGUAAAUGGUGCUGGACAGUUUUGCUCAGAUUUCUUAUUUUUAAUCCAUUUUGUGCUUCGUGUCAAAAAUUCAUUAUUUGCCGUUGUGGAAAAGUGCAAAGCAACUUAACUUUUCCCCCCAGUCUGUGCCCUCCGCAGCAGUCAGCUGUACAUUCCUGGCUCUGUUGAGGUGCAUACCUAGGCACACGUUUGCCUUUCUGCAGUAUUUGCUGGAAUCUGGUUUAUGGCUGAGCUUUAAACUAAUGCGCUCCAUAUGUGGAAUGUGAUCAGCAGGCCCUGAUCUUAUUUUGGUUCACCCUCAGGUUUGCUUAACAGUUCGAUGGUGUUUUUAAUGAGAUUUUUUCAGAAAAAAAGAAAGGAAAAAGCCCAACUUAAAAAACCGAUCGAAGCACAACACACUCAGUGGUGGUGUGCUGACUCAGCU